GUUCAGAGGUUCUUUCUAUUUCAGACUCAUCUUACACAUCAUCAGUCACCUGUGGACAGGAAUCGACCAAAAUGGGUUGCAAUGGGUUUCUUAAAGUCAUGAUGUUUGUCUUCAAUGGCCUCAUCUUUUUGGCAGGUGCCGCGAUACUUGCGUUGGGAAUCUGGGUGAAGGUGGAUAAGAUCUCUCUUCUGGGUUUUUUGGAUCACAUUGAUGAUGCUCCACCUGAGCUCGCACAGCUGACCAAUGUGGGAUACCUGCUGAUCGCAGUGGGUGUGUUCCUCGCUCUCGUGGGUUUCCUUGGAUGCUGUGGGGCGAUGCAGGAGAACAGGUGUAUGCUUCUCUCUUUCUUCAUCAUUGUUCUCAUCAUCUUCAUCGUGGAGGUGGCAGCGGCUGUGGUGCUCUUUAUCUUUGAGCCUUUGGCUGCGAAAUUACUGGAGGACGUUGGACAGAAAGUUUCUAGAAGCCUCAGGGAUAAAUAUGGAGAGGAAGAGAGUUUCACCGCUGUCUGGAAUAACACUAUGAAUGAGCUGAACUGCUGUGGAUAUUACAACUACUCUGACUUCACCGCAUCUCAGUUUGUUAAUAAAACCUCUUUAUAUCCUGAGACAUGUUGCUUGACAAAUGUGACAACCUGUGAUGAGAAUUCAGUCCAGAACUUGCCCAGGCUGGGCUGUUUCCAGGCGUUUGUCAAUCUGAUUGAGGAAAAUGCAGUUUUGCUGGCGGGUGUCGCUAUAGGCAUCGCUGCUUUAGAGAUUGCAGCCAUGACCGUCUCCAUGAUUCUCUACAGGAAUGUAGGAAAAUGAGCAAAACAAGUUAAGCAGAUAUCUGUAUCAAAAUCUCAGCACCUCUUUAAUGAUAUUAAUAUUAAAUCUACUAGACAAAUGGAAACAGUGGGUUAUAAUGAAAAAAGAGACACGGGUGAGGAAGUCUACAUAAUAAAAGUCACCCAAACUAAACAAAUCUUGUGUGGAACAUUGCAACAUCAACAGAACAGAAGAGCAACGUGUCUUUAAUAAUAAACAUUCCAAAUGCUUAUUAUUACUCUCAAUGAAUGUUAUAAACUGUCUCUUUA